UUGCUAACUAGUGGCUCUAAAUCUUUCCGUCAGAUUUUGUUGUAUAACUGCCCUCCUCGUAAAUCGAACUAUUGUAAAGCAUAUAAGGAGCUCUCAACACUUGUUCAGCCCACGAACACCGGAAGAACGGAAAGCUGCAGCUAAAAAAUACGGCCUACGUGAGAGUGAUUAUGAACCGUAUCCAGCUGAAGAGGGCUAUGGAAACUAUCCUCAGCUUGGACCUAUCAAUUACGAUGUAAAGGAUCCGUACGAAGAUUGGUCGUUUCCGAAUAUUCGUCGCAACUUUAGAUAUAUGACAAUGCAUGAGAUUAAAUAUUUAUCAAAUGCAGAUAUAUUUGCACUGCUGCUCAGUUUCUUCUUCGUCACAACAGUUCAGUUAAGGUCCGGCUACUCAGCGUUCUCAUAG